CAUCAGCGGCGUCGCGUCCCGGGUGCAUUCCUUGGCCGCGCAAAACUACAUUUCCCAAGAACCUCCGCUGCCUUCGCUCGCAGCCCCCUCCCCGGCUGUGGUCACUGGGGUGGGCGGCUGGGGAAGGGGGGUCGGAGGGCCGGCCUGGCCUGGCCCUGCCCGCCUCUGACGGUCUGCCUGGGCAAGAAGGCGGCGCGCCUCGUCAAGCUGCGGCGGGACCGGGUGCUUUCUGAUGGUUCCACUUGGAGGCUUUUGCUGGUAGCUGGUGCCCACCCACCCCUUCCCCUUUCCUUUCCUCUCCCUUUCCCUCCCCCCUCAUCUGAAUUUCCCCCCUCCCCCACACACCUGUUGUGUACCUGCACACACUAAUGACAGCGUGGAUCGUCCUCCCCAUUAGCCUCUCUGCCUUCUCAAUCACAGGAAUAUGGAUUGUGUAUGCCAUGGCAGUGAUGAAUCACCACGUGUGCCCUGUUGAGAACUGGUCCUACAAUGAGUCCUGCUCUUCUGAACCUGCCAAGCAUGGCUACCCCAAAAGCUGCUGCACCUUGGAUGAUAUCCCUUUAAUCAGCAAAUGUGGCACUUACCCUCCUGAAAGUUGCCUCUUCAGCCUUAUCGGAAAUGUUGGGGCUUUCAUGGUGGUGGUGAUCUGUUUCCUGCGCUAUGGGCAGCUGAUAGAGCAGAGCCACAGCUCCUGGGUGAACACCACAGCGCUGAUCAUAGGCUGUACCAACGCCGCAGGCUUAGUCAUAGUUGGCAAUUUCCAGGUGGAGUAUGCCAAAUAUCUUCACUACAUCGGAGCCUGUGUAGCUUUCCCUGCUGGCCUGCUCUUUGUCUGCCUCCAGUGCGUCCUCUCCUACCACGUUGCAGUCUCUGUCCUGGACUUCUGGAUGGCGCAUCUCCGCGUCUUCCUUACUACUGUGGCCUUAAUUUCCCUUGUCCUCUCUGGCAUCUUCUUCGUCCAGGAGAGCUUCCUCCUGCAGCAUAUGACUGCCAUCUGUGAAUGGAUCUUUGUCAUCGAUAUCCUGGUCUUCUAUGGCACUUUCACCUACGAGUUUGGUGCAGUCUCUAAUGACACCUUGGUGGCUGCCCUGCAGCAUUCAAACAACAGGGGGUGCAAGUCUCCAGGGAGCAGCAGCACCUCCACACACCUUAACUGUAACCCUGAUAGCAUUGCCAUGAUAUGAGGGAGGAGUGAGGGGGAGGCCUGCUGCGAAAUCCCAUUCUGCAGCUGCAGUGAGCUACCUCCCCCCCCCCUCAAUGGGAGAAGAGGAGCAUCUUCCUCCUCCUAGUGUUUUUGGUACCAAAGGGGUUUCUUUUAAUUAGAGAGUUAUUGCUGCCAACAGUUCCCCCACCCCUCCCUCCGAGUGCCAUGGUCCAGCUGGGAGCCAGAGCCUGUUUGGGGCUAGGUGCUGGAAGGGAGAUAUUCUGCAAAGCAGCAGAGCUCUCAAAGAGGCCCCAGCUAGAGCUUGGAUGAUGGCAACCUUCCCUGCCCAUCUUUGCUGGACAGCAGGCUUGCCAUGGUACCUUAGGGAACCACCUUAGGCAAGUCUGCUAAGACGACCCAUUUUACUCAUUGGGGCUUACUCCCAGGGAAGUGUUCUUAAGAUUGCAGCCUUCGCCUCUUACUGCCCCUUGGGGCUAGCAAUCCAGUGCCAAAGGGAACAGCUGCUGUUUCCAGCUUCAUUAUACACAGUGCCUGAUUCCAGUUUCCCAGAGAGCAGGGGGCGGUGUUUGGCUACCUUGGCUUGGGGAUUACUAUUUGGGUGCCUGUAAUGAUGGCUGCUCAUGAGAAUAUGAUUGCAUUUCACUGCCACUCCCCACCUACCUACCUUUCAGUCUCAGUACAUGGACAUAACUGAGCUACUACAGGAAUGUGGGAGGUGCAGAUAGUUCUAAUGACGAAGGCUGCUUAUUCCGUAUCGGUGGGUUCCUCCUCCCUUAGCAUAGGAAUUAUGUAUAUUACCAACACACAAACCACGAUGCCUCGCACUGCACCUGAAAUAACGACAAGCAAAGAAGUAGGGCCUUGCCAGCAGAGGAAGGACGGCUCUCCCUCUUGCAUAUACUGUGUUUCCUGGUCUCUCCCAUAGUGGCCACCAACUGGGAUGGGCUACAAGAAUACUUCUGGUGCUCAGCCGCACAUGUCUGAGCUGGUUUGUUUGGGUGAAAUGUUUGGAUAUUUUUUAGAACUUUUUUAUAUAUCUCUAUAAAAUGCACAUAAAGAGAAUUUGUAUCAGA